AUGAAUGCCGUAAAACGACAAGUGGUAAAACUUCUGGCCGAGAUAGAAGAGUUCGAAGGCUAUUUUUCCUCUCAUAAGCACGGGGAGCGUUCUCAUGAUGGUAAGAGAGCAGCACAUCGGUUCAAGAAAAUCGGAGCUCAGAUGAAGAAGAGACUGCAGGAUACCAUCAAUGAGUAUGAUGGUAAAAUAGACGAAUGUAAUAUGAUUGUAGGAAAUAUUACUCUGGCCAUGCAGACGGUUUGGAAUCAAAUUGCGAUGCACGAUUCGGACCUCAAUACUCGCAUUGCUCACGUAAACACAGGGGUCGCCCUCGAAACAAAACGGGAAGGCAUCCAAAUGAGGUCGAUCGCUAUAUUAUCGAUGAUUUACUUGCCCUUUUCCAGCGUUGCGACUAUAUUCUCGAUGGAUAUGUUCGACUGGAAUGCCCAAGAUGGGGGCUCUGUUGUGUCCAAGUACAUCUGGCUGUUCGCCACACUUGCAAUCGGACUCACUGCGAUUACAGUCUACGCCUGGUAUCACAUUACUAUCCGGCGCGAGAGAAAAGCGGACGAAGAAGCUUCGGAAAUUCAAGUAAAAAUGGAAAAGAUGGUUUAA